CCGCGGCUCGUUUCUCGGCGCCGGAGAGUGUGGGACCAGGGCUGGAGAGACCGCCGGGGAGCAUCAGCAGAACCAGUCCAGCACGGAGCCUUGCCUGGACGACCCCUGCGCCGUGCACUCUUCUCGGGGGACUGCACAACAUUCCUGUGAAAUAUAACUGCUUUUAAUGGCAUGUGGCUUGUAACUUUACUUCUGCUGUAUUCUUUGCAAGAAGUCAACAGUGAGGAUGUUGUCUCUACGCGGCUGUACUUUGUGAAUGCCUCCCUGCAGCGGGUGACCUUCUCCAGCUCGGUGGGGGUGUCCCUGCCCUGCCCUGCGGGCGGCGCCCCCCAUGCUGUCCUGCGCUGGUACCUGGCUGCCGGAGACGACAUUUACGACGUGCCCCAUAUCCGCCACGUGCACGCCAACGGCACCCUCCAGCUCUACCCAUUCUCCCCCUCCGCCUAUAACAGCAUUAUCCAUGACAACGAGUAUUUCUGCACUGCUGAGAACCAAGCUGGCAAGAUUCGUAGCCCAAGCAUCCACAUCAAAGCAGUGUUCAGGGAGCCCUACACAGUGCGAGUGGCCGACGAGCGCUCCAUGCGGGGCAAUGUCGCCGUGUUCAAGUGCCUCAUCCCCUCAGCCGUCCAGGAGUACGUCAGCGUGGUGUCCUGGGAGAAAGACACCGUCUCCAUCGUCCCAGGUAACCGUUUCUUCCUGACGUCAUUUGGCGCUCUGUAUUUCUCAGAAGUGCAGAAGGAAGAUGCUCUGUCCACCUACCGCUGCAUCACAAAGCACAAGUACAGUGGAGAGACUCGCCAGAGCAAUGGAGCCAGGCUCUCUGUUAUGGACCCUACGGAGUCCACCCCCUCAGUGCUGGAUAGUUUCCAGUCCGGUGAGGUGCAGAUGGGGCACAGCGUUGAGCUGCCCUGUGUUGCAUCCGGAUACCCAAACCCCACCAUCCGAUGGAUGAAGGAUGGUCGGCCUUUACCUGCUGACUCCCGCUGGACACGGCGCAUCACCGGCCUCACCGUUUCCGACUUGAGGCUUGAGGACAGUGGCAACUACAUCUGUGAGGUCACCAACAGCUUUGGCUCCAAAGAGGUGACGGGUCAUCUUAAUGUCAUAGAUCCACUGCGGGUCACCUUGUCUCCCAAGAACCUGAAGACGGGGAUCAGCAGCACAGUCAUCCUAUCCUGUGCCGUCCAGGGUUCCCCGCACUUUAUGGUGUCCUGGUACCGUAACACUGAAUCUGUCCUGCCCGAUCAGCACUUUUCCAUCCAGGGGGCUCACAAUGAGACAUUGUUCAUUUCCGCCGCACAAAAGAGACACUCGGGAGCUUACCAGUGCUUUGCCACGCGCAAGGGCCAGACCGCCCAGGACUUCUCCAUCAUACUGCUGGAAGAUGGUACGCCCCGUAUUGUCGCCUCCUUCAGUGAGAGGGUGGUGGUCCCCGGUGAACCCUUUUCCCUGAUGUGCGCUGCCAAAGGAGCGCCCCCCCCCACCAUCACCUGGACCCUGGACGACGAGCCUGUGGCCCGGGACCUGUCGCGUGUCCGAGCCAGCCAGUACACGCUCUCCGACGGCAGCACUGUGAGCCACGUCAACGUCAGCAGCCCGCAGAUUCGCGAUGGAGGAGUGUAUCGGUGCGCCGCACGAAACUCGGCCGGUAGUGCCGAGUACCAAGCGCGCAUAAACGUAAGAGGUCCACCGAGGAUUCGGCCUAUGAAGAACAUCACUGCAGUGGCAGGAAGAAACUCUUUCAUAAACUGCCGUGUGAUUGGGUACCCUUAUUACUCAAUCAACUGGUACAAGGAGGGGCUUCUGCUGCCUGACAAUCAUCGCCAGGUGGUUUAUGAGAAUGGGACCCUGAAGCUCAGCGAUGUUCAGAAGGGGAUGGAUGAGGGGGCCUACGUCUGCAGCGUGCUCAUCCAACCACAGCUGUUCAUCACGCAGACUGUCUAUAUCACCGUCAAAGUUCCUCCACUGAUCCAGCCAUUUGACUUUCCACCCACUUCCAUCGGUAAACUGAUGUACAUCGCCUGCGUGGUGUCGUCUGGAGAUAUGCCAAUACGCAUCACAUGGCGCAAGGACGGGCAGGAGAUCGUGGCCUCCUCGGGCAUCACCAUCGACACAAAGGAGUUCAUGAGCUCUCUUCAAAUAUCCAAAGUGUCGCUCAAACACAAUGGCAACUACACCUGCAUUGCUAGCAACGAUGCUGCCACUGUCAGCACGGAGAGGCAGCUCACAGUUACAGUGCCUCCUCGGUUUGUGGUUCAGCCCAACAAUCAGGAUGGGAUCUAUGGGAAGGCAGGGAUCCUAAACUGUUCAGUAGAUGGGUACCCUCCUCCAAAAGUCAUGUGGAAACAUGCCAAAGCUGCACUAGCGGGUAUUGGGAAUCCGCAGCAGUAUCACCCUGUGCCUCUGACGGGCCGUAUCCAGAUCAUGGGUAACGGCUCUCUACUCAUCCGACAUGUCCUGGAAGAGGAUCGGGGCUUCUACCUCUGUCAGGCCUCCAAUGGCGUGGGCUCAGACAUCAGCAAGAGCAUGGUUCUUACCGUUAAGAUCCCCGCGAUGAUCACCAGUCACCCCAACACCACCAUGGCUAAGAAGGGUCACUUGAAGGAGCUGAACUGCACAGCCAGGGGAGAAUGGCCCAUCAUCAUCCGCUGGGAGAGAGGCGACACAGUCAUUGACCCUGACCGCAACCCCCGAUACUCCAUUAUCACCAGUCCCAACGAGAAGACGGACGAGGUGUUGUCUACGCUCAAGCUAAAGCCAGCAGAGCGUGAGGAUUCAGUCUUCUUCUCAUGUCAUGCUAUCAACUCUUACGGCGAAGGACGAGGCCUUAUCCAGCUCACUGUGCAAGAGCCCCCAGACCCUCCAGAGUUGGAAGUGCGAGAAGUGAAAGAUCGCAGUAUGAAUCUACGGUGGACACAGAGAUUUGAUGGAAACAGUGUCAUUACCUCGUACGAUAUUGAGUAUAAGAACAAGACAGAUACCUGGGAGCUGAAGCAUGCAACCCGAAACAUCUCCCCCAGCAACAAUCAGGCCAACAUCGUGGACCUGCACCCCGCCUCUGUCUACAGCAUCCGCAUGUACUCCUAUAACUCGAUAGGCAAGAGCGAGGCCAGCAAGGAACUCACCAUCAGCACAGAGGAAGCACAGCCUGAUGGUCCUCCCAUGGAGGUGAUCCUGCAGCCUGUGACCUCUCAAAGUAUCAGGGUCACAUGGAAGGCCCCCAGGAAGGAGCUGCAGAACGGGGUUAUCAGGGGUUACCAGAUUGGAUACAGAGAGAACGGCCCGGGCAGUAACGGCCAGUACAGCAUUGUGGAGAUGAAGGCCACUGGAGACAGUGAGGUCUACACCCUGGACAACCUGAAGAAGUUUGCUCAGUAUGGUGUGGUGGUCCAGGCCUUCAACAGAGCCGGCACAGGACCCUCCAGCUCAGAGAUCAAUGCCACAACACUGGAAGAUGUUCCAAGCCAGCCUCCUCAGAAUGUGCGAGCCAUUUCUGUAACAUCGGAUGAGGCAGUGAUCACAUGGGCCGAGCCUCCCAGGAUGACGCUGCAUGGCGUGUUGAAGGGAUACCGCGUCGUCUUCUGGGCUGUGUUUCCGGACGGAGAAUGGGGUGAAAUGCAAAACAUCACAACCAUCAAGGAGCAGGUGGAGCUCAAAGGCCUGGAGAAGUUCACCAACUACAGCAUCCAGGUCCUGGCCUACACCCAGGCUGGAGAUGGGGUCCGUAGCAACGUCCUGUACAUCCAAACCCGUGAAGACUACCCCGGACCCCCGGCUGGCAUCAAAACUGUGCCCUCUUCCUCCAGCAGUGUCGUGGUGUCCUGGUUACCCCCUCACAAGCCAAAUGGAAUCAUCCGCAAGUACACCAUCUACUGCUCUAGCCCCGGGUCCGGCCAACCGCUGCCCAGUGAGUAUGAAGCUAAUCCAGAGCUGCUGUUCUACCGGAUCACACACCUCAACCACCGGCAGCAGUACCUGAUCUGGGCGGCAGCCGUCACCACCGCAGGUCGAGGGAACUUCAGCGAAAAGGUCACUGUGGAGCCGGCGUCCAAAGCCCCGGCUAAGAUCCUUUCAUUUGGGGGCACAGUGACGACCCCCUGGAUGAAGGAGGUGCGACUGCCCUGUAGCUCAGUAGGAGAACCUACACCUACCAUCAAAUGGACCAAAGACAGUGAGGACACAGCCAUCCCAGUGUCUCUAGAUGGACAGCGGCUCAUCCUGACCAAUGGGACACUGGUGCUGCGUGCGGUCAAAGCUGAGGAUUCUGGGUACUACACCUGCACGGCCACCAACACGCUGGGCUUCGACACUAUCAUUGUCAACCUUGUGGUACAAGUUCCUCCUGACCAGCCUCGUCUAACCGUCUCCACCACUUCCAUCUCCUCCAUCACUCUGGCCUGGAUACCAGGAGACAACGGAGGGAGCUCUAUUAGAGGUUUCGUGUUGCAGUACUCUGUAGACAACACAGAGGAAUGGAAAGAUGUUUUCAUCAGUUCUAGUGAACGCUCCUUCAAACUGGACAACCUGCGCUGUGGCACCUGGUAUAAAGUGAAGCUGGCUGCAAAGAACAGUGUGGGAGCCGGACGCAUCAGUGAGAUAAUCGAAGCAAAGACCCAUGGGCGAGAACCCCAGUUCAACAAGGAUCAGCCGGUCUUCACCCACCUUAACUCCAGCCACGCCCGCCUCAACCUGCAGGGCUGGGUCAGUGGAGGCUGUCCCAUCAACGCUGUCAUACUAGAGUUUAGACCAAAAGGUACAUGGGCAUGGCAGAAUGUGCGCACCAAUGCCACAGCAGAUGUGUUCCUGGCUGAGCUUCGUGAGGCGACCUGGUAUGAGUUGAAGAUGAAAGCCUGCAACAGUGCUGGCUGUGGCAACCAGAGCUCCCAGUUUGCAACCCUGGACUAUGAUGGCAGUACAAUUCCACCAAUCAAAUCCCCUCUGGAAAAGAACGAUGAUGUCAAGAAGCUGUUUUCUAUUGGAUGUCCUGUGAUCUUGGUCACUCUGGGUGUUGCGCUGCUCUUCAUCAUUCGCAGGAAACGCAAAGAAAAGAGGCUGAAGAGACUAAGAGAUGCCAAAAGCCUGGCAGAGAUGCUGAUCAGUAAAAACAACCGCAGCUUUGACACCCCAGUGAAGGGACCUCCUCAGGGCCCACGCUUACACAUCGACAUCCCCCGAGUGCAGCUGCUCAUUGAGGACAAGGAAGGCAUCAAGCAAAUUGGUGAAGACAAAGCCACUAUCCCUGUGACAGACACAGAGUUCAACCAAACUGGAAACCCUCAAAGCUUCUGCACAGGUGUGUCCGUCCAUCAUCCCGCCCUCAUCCAGAACACCGGUCCUUUGAUUGACAUGUCAGACAUCAGACCAGGAACCAACCCAGUUUCGAGGAAGAGCGUAAAGUCAGCCCACAGCAUCAGGAACCGAUACUCCAGUCAGUGGACUCUGACCAAGUGCCAGUCCUCCACGCCAGCCCGCGCUCUCACCUCAGACUGGCGCACAGUUGGCUCCCAGCAUGGCAUCACUGUCACCGAGAGUGACAGCUACAGCGCCAGCCUCUCACAGGACACAGAUAAGGGUCGCAACAGCAUGGUGUCGACAGAGAGCGCCUCUUCAACCUACGAGGAGUUGGCGAGAGCAUACGAGCAUGCCAAGCUGGAGGAACACCUGCAGCAUGCCAAGUUUGAGAUUACUGAAUGCUUUAUCUCUGACAGCUCCUCUGACCAGAUGACUACAGGUACCAACGACAAUGCAGACAGCAUGACGUCCAUGAGCACUCCCUCAGAGCCCGGUAUCUGCCGCUUCACUGCCUCACCGCCCAAACCCCAGGACUACGAUCGUGGCAAGAAUGUAGCUGUGCCCAUUCCACACCGCGCAAAGAGUGACUACUGCAACCUUCCCCUCUACAUGAAGUCAGAUCCCUUCUUCCGAAAGCAGUCCGAGCAUCAUGACCCCUGUCCAGUGGUCCCCCCACGUGAAGCCUCCAUUCGUGGCCUGGCCCAGCGGGCAUACCACACCCAGGGCCGUCAUGUGACUAUGGACUCGGUAAAGCAGCAGGCCCUAACCAUGGGCCACUCUGGCCUGUCCAACCUCUCUUCCUCUGGAGGGGCAACAGGAGCCUGUGGUGGGGGUGCGUCUGCUAGCUCUAGCAGCUCCACCCUCCCCCAGAGGACUCUCACCAUGCCAGGCUCCUCUGCCUCCAUGGCCCAGAGUGCAGCGGCCGCUGCUGCUGCCACUGCUGCAGCCGCUGCAUUCUCCUCCUCAGGGGCCACAGGAGGGACUCCUGGAGGGGCCUCCUCCAAGAUGGGAGGAUCCAGAGACUCUCUCCUGGAGAGCAGCUCCUCGGGCUUAGGCAGACUGCAGAAGCAGAGAGAUGGAGGGGCCGGGGCCUACUCCAAGUCGUACACACUGGUGUAGCCUGCCAACACCUUGGCCUGUCACUGUAACUCUAAAUAAAAUGCUGGUCAAGCCAGCGCUUGCCUGGAGCCUCUAUGAAGUGAGAAGAGAAACAUACACAUGCUCAGCCGACCCGUCAGUGCCUGCGCUGUGUCGGGCUGCAGGGAGCUGCUGGGGGUCCCAUUGACACGACUGUAUGAAGGGGUCAGAGCUGGGUCUCCACAGCACAGGGGUUUGCCUUUCUUUCUGCCUGAUUGCUUUUUAUUAUUAUUGUGUCAUCUUUCUCUAUCCCUAAUUUCAUCACCCUGGAAAUCACUUGCCAAACCGUAAAUGAUUAAUCUGUUCACUUCAUUUUUUCAUUUUCUGGCAAGGACAAAGUACUUAUGCACAAAAUGCUUUCCACGUGCACUGUCUUGUUUUCUGGAUCAAGACAGUCAUAGAAUGAACCAAGUUUUUUUGUUGUUGAUGUUUUUAGGUUAUUAAAUACAUUACUUUUCUGGUUUCUGAUGGAAGAAGAGCUCAUAUCACAGCAUUGUGCCAUGGCAGGAUGCUUUCAAUGUAUGCAUAAACCACCUUGGUGUUACACUGGCUCUUAGUGGAAGGACUGACAUCUCAAUACCAGUUUUGAGAUUUGGAGAAUCUUCUUAUACAUGCAAUGGAUGACACAGCAUAGUGGUCUUAAUUGAUGCUUUUUUAAACAGACUCAAAACAGAGGACAUACAACAAAUGUCAAGCAUCAUCAAGUGAAUCCAAACCCUCUUUUUCAUCAGUUUUCAGUUAAUUUUCUGAUAAUGGAAAUAUAAUCUCAUGUGCACUAAGAAAAGUUAGAAUGGAUCCAAGUAACAGAAACCUUCACAAGCCUGCGUGUGUGUGUGUGUGCGUGUGUGAGUGUAUAUUAAAUAUAUAUAUGUAUACAUGUGGCAGGCACACACCAACAGUGGAUCUUUUUAAAAAUCAAUCUGUAUGCUGACCUCUCGGGCAGAUGUCUGUGUAAACUGACCCUCCCCCCCACUGUUGAUUUUGGGGAAUCGGGGACAGUAACAAUGAUAAUGCUGACGAUGUAACUCUAUGAUCCUAAUUCGUCUAGCAUUUUGAACUUUGUUUUGUUAAGUGUGAUUGACAGCAUUGAUUAGGAAAUAAUACUGAAAAUGAAGUGGGUUCACAAAAGAGCAUUUACAGAAGAAACAGGAUCCUUACUUUAUUCUCUUCCUCAGAACAAAGAAGGAUGAAAACCCCCAUUAUGAUCCAUCAUCGUUCCACAAUCGUUCCACAAUGUCAUUAGUCUUUGUUUAACACAUUUUACCUGUAUCCACUUUUCCCCUUUCAUAUAUCCCACCUUCACCCACCCAGUCUCCCAUCAUAUCCAUACAGUGUCACUGUGACCUACUGCUAGCAUACGGGCUAGUUAAAAGACAGCUGGACUGAGAGGUCUCAUAUGCACAGACAGGCAGAAAUGCUACUUGACGUUCAAUGACAACUUGAAUGGAAGCAAAAGUUUCAAACGUACAGCAAAUUUAUUGAGAUGUAUAAAGAAAAUAAUAUUUGUAUGAAAUUAUCUUGAAUUGAUGAACGGACAAUGACUUUAAGAUUAUAGACAGAGAGAUCAAGUGUUAAAAGAAUUUGCAGAAAAGGGAAGAGGGGGUUACAUAGAAGAGAAAUAAGCGGUCUUUAAAACUAAGAGAUGUGUUUUCAAGUCCCUCCACCUCACUGAAUUUAUUUGAGCUUUAUGCAUGGUACUGUAUCUGCUAACUUUUGGUUAACUUGUUUUUCCCAUUUCUUCUCCCAAAGCUUAAUCCCAUAACAAAGAUCGUUCCAAAAAGAGUUGCUCCAAAUGUUUUGCAAUGGCAAAACGUAACAUCAGGGCUCUCGCAAUAGAAAAAAAGAUAUGAUAUAUGUUUGUUUUCAAAAGUAUGUACAUAUAUAUUUCUAUUCAAAUAUAUAGCAAAUAUAUGAAUAUUAAAAAAGCAGAGAAAUAUAAAAAACGUUCUAAUUGAAUAUAUAUAUAAAAGAUCACAAGACAAUCGCUCAGAGUGAAAAACUGCGAGAAGGAAGAGAAAGAAGAAGAGGGAGGCUUAAACGGGUAGCACAACCAUGGAUGGGAGAUCUUGGAGAGAAAGGAAGUGGUGUGAAAGAAAGUUAAAUGGUGAAACUGCGGUUUGAGGAAUGAUCCAAUGACCCCCCCUUGUGAUAUUGUAAAUGUUCCAGCUCCUGUGCAGCAGGGCGAGACUGAGAGGAAAGCACAGUAAAGUCAAAUUAUAGUGUGAGAUUGUGUCGCUGGUUAACUGGUCUAUGGCUCAGUGCAGAAAGUGUGGUGUUGAAAAAGAAAACCGUAAAACAAGGGAAGCCUAUACAGUAAGUGAGCCUGUUGUAAUAUGUUGUAUUGUACCUUCCAAAGGUUUGUUCACAAACUCAAUGCCAUUAUCUGACUUUAGUUAAUGAAAACAAACAGACCGAAAAGUGUUUCUGUUUCUUUUCCGUGUCAUAGCGAGCUCAAACUUCUGGACUGCAAGCCAAUAAACAUACCACAAAGUAACUUCUCAUAUAUGUAUUAAUGCUCUAUUUAAUUUAAAACUACACAGGAGAUAAAUGCAUUUAGCUUUUCAUUGUUAAUUGUUUAUUUUGGCCUUAAUGUUUCACGUUGUACAAAUAUUGUUUUCAGUAAAACAAGUCCGGAAAUGGGGCUGUCCUGUUUUAGCAACCAGAAACAGAGGCCUCAUAUAUACAGUUGUAUGGAUAUUGGAUGGAGUGAUAAAACAAACUCCUGUCAAACCUGCUUUUCCCUAUUCUUCAUUGAAGUUGCCUCUAAAUCACUGAUAUAUAGUCAGUUUGCUUAAAGUAUAUGUAUUGUAUGCCUUUAAGGAAACGUCCACCCUCUAACCAGUGGAGACUUGAUGGUCUUACACUUGUUAUACUGAUUAAACUUAUCUAAGUCUCUACGAAAAAGCAAAGAGGCGUAUUUCUUUAAAUGUUUAACUAUUCCUUUAAUGUAUUCCAAGAAUUUUGUUUAAUCCUUGGUUGAAAUUAAACUCAAAACAGCCUGAUUAUUGCAAACUACACAAUACUAUAGUAUUUUGGUUCCUAAAUUAUAGAUUUUCCGUUCUCAUGUGCAGAAAAAUAUUUUUAGAACCAAAUAAAUAAUUCAAGUUAAAUGUACAAAUAAUAUUAAAAAAAUCAUAUGUGCAGCUGAAAAGAUGGCCUGUUAUUGUGUAACAUUGACUAGUUACUUUUGAAUAAAAUAGCAAACCAUACUGCCAUAUUAAACUUGUAACUGUUCACAGUACUUUAUCAUUGUUGCAGCAACAUUUCUUCUCAGCACCCUGUGUUGAUAUCUGCAAUGUUGAAUUGACAAAUAAGUGAAUCAGGGUGGAUUCUCUCUUUAAAAUACAACAGAAUACUUUACAAGCUGACUGUUUGAACUCUGAGGCCAACUUCACAUGUGCUUCUUCCCCAACCUUUCCGCAUCUGCUCAACCAAUAAGAUCUUCCCUCUCACUGUUCCCCCACCUUUUACAUUAUUUUAACUCCAUAAUAGAAGACUUGUGUACAUAGGAAAGUGUUUUGUAUAAAUGAGUACUAUUUUCGACAUCUUCACUAGAAACCAGGGCACAAUGUAAACUUUGAACUGACGUUAUUGUAAUGAAACAGAAGAGGACAAGGAAAUACUAUAGGAUUAUACAGACACUGCUUUAUCUUGAUUUAUGAACCAGUUGAAACAUGUCAGAGUGGGCCAUGCAUAGUUAACAAUAUUUAUUUCUUCUUUUACAGGACAUUUGGUUGCAUUGUCCUCUUUUAAAAAAAAUGUUUCAAAUUUUUUUUUCUGUUAAUUUUUAUCUUUUUUGUUUUAAUUGUUUUUACUUUAUCACAGGUUGCUUUGUUUAGCGUUUGCCUUUUUUUUUAAUUCCACUUUUUGGGGGGAGGACAGCAGCAUUGCAUGCUCUGAAAUUUUUGCUGGUUAUAAAAGAGAAAGGGAAAUGGUGAAAAGAACAACUUAAAAUGGCAGGUUAAUGAAAACAUUUGAAAGAUGCAGAGGUUGUUCCUUAAACUUUUACGGGGAAACGUUGCUUCAAUUUGCAAUUGCUUGUGUUUAACUCUACAUUUUCUUUUCUAUGAAAACAAACAAAAACAAAAAAAGAGUACUCAACACCUUGUGCAAUAAAGCUAUCUUUCUAUGAA